UCCAUUGAUGGACAAUCUGUAUUUCUAUGUUCUUCCUAUACUCUUCUUAUUUCUGUACAACGUCCGCCUAUAUUUUCUUCACAGGAUUCAAAAUCUUCCUCCUGCUCCAUUUCCAUCCCUUCCAUUUCUUGGUCACCUCUACUUAUUCAUUACUAGAAAGCCACUACAUCGAGCUUUCUCCAAGCUCUCAAAGAGAUACGGCCCCGUGGUUUUUCUGCAGUUAGGCUCCAGACGAGCCCUCAUCGUGUCAUCUCCAGUAAUUGCCCAAGAAUGCUUCACCAAAAAUGACAUUAUCUUCGCUAAUCGCCCCAAUCUCCUCAAUGGAAAAGUAUUUGGAUACAAUUACACUAGCCUAGCUUGGUCGCCAUACGGUGAUCACUGGCGAAACCUUCGAAGAAUUUCAUCUCUUCACCUCUUAUCCUCCCACAAGGUAAAGAUGAACUCCAACAUUCAGGCCGAUGAAGCCCGAAUUCUUAUUCGUAAAUUCGUUCGGUUUGCCAAUGAUAAUCCGAAUAAAGCUGUAGAAUUCAAAUGGAUUUUGUUUGAAUUUAUGUUUAAUGUGAUAACAAGGAUGAUUACUGGGAAAAAUUACAAGCUUGGUGCAGAGAUUUUUCGGGAGAUAACAAGUGAGAUAUCAAGGGUGACAAUGGAGGCAAAUGUAGAGGAUUUUUUGCCAUUUAUGAAAUGGUUUGGAUUUAAGAAUACAGAGAAAAAGAUGAAAUUAAUACAGAUGAAGAGAGACAAAUUUAUGCAGAAUAUAAUCGAAGAACAUCGUAGUAUUGUAUUGGAAGAUGAUAAUGUAAAGGAGAAAAGUACAUUACAAAUAUUACUGGAUUUGCAGAGAGAAGAACCAGAAUACUAUUCUGAUGAAACUAUCAGAAACCUCCUCUUGGUUUUAGUCCAUGGUGCAACUCAUACUACAUCAGUGACAAUGGAGUGGGCAUUUUCACACUUGCUUGACAAUCCUUACAUUUUAAGAAGAGCACAAGAUGAUAUUGACACUCUCGUGGGAAAAGAACGUCUAAUCGACGAAUCAGACAUAGCUGAACUUCCCUAUCUCCGUUGCAUUGUUAACGAAACGCUACGCCUCCACCCACCCCUGCCCCUCCUCUUGCCUCACGUAUCAUCGGGCGAAUGCACAGUCGGUGGUUUCCGGGUUCCACUUGGAACCUUAUUAUUUGUAAAUGUAUGGGCUGUUCAAAACGAUGACGAAAAAUGGGUGGAUGCUGAAAAAUUCAAGCCGGAGAGAUUUGAAGGUUUUCGAGGGAAAGAUGAGUUGAAAUUCUUCCCAUUCGGAUGGGGUCGAAGGGCAUGCCCCGGUGAAAAUUUGGCAAUGCGUGUAGUUGAAUUGGCAUUGGGGUCUCUAAUACAAUGUUUCGAAUGGGAAAAGAUUGGGAAAAUUGACAUGAGUGAAGAUAAAGGAAUUGUAACAUCAAAGAUUCACUCUUUGAUUGCCAAAUGUAAUCCUCGUCCUUCUGUUUACAACCUUAUUAAUUUUGUUAACAAAUGAAAGUGCAGCGUGUCAACGAAACUUGCAUAAAUCAAAUGUACUACAACUUUGUUCCUUUCUCUUUGCUACAUUUUUUUUUUUUUUUUGGGGGUCAAAAUUCAAUAAAAUAUUGUCACGUGGCAUUCUAUAAAACUUCAUGUAGCAUAUGAAGUGUGUACUACAUUCAUCGUUAGAGGGCUAAAGAAAUAUUGAAUUUAUAAAUUAAUCUAGAGUAUAAUUUCGUUUUUGU